AUGCCAGCACACGUAAACCACCCACCUGCUCCCCCACGCCGACGGGCUCAGGGCACCCGAUCUCGCAGGGGGUGUCGAACCUGCCGUGCUCGCCAUGUCAAGUGCGACGAGACACCAGAGAGCUGCACCAACUGCACCUCGACAGGACGAUCGUGCGAUGGCUACGACAAACACGAGGUCCCGCAAGAGAGAGCAGGAAAGCUGCGGCUGUGUGCAGAGAUCGCGACGGCGUUUCGCUGGAGAACCACCUCGGACGAGCGACGGGCGCUCUCGUUAUUCCAGCACUUGACGGUUCCCGCUCUGAUCGCCGUGUUUGACUCGUCGCUGUGGCAGCGACUCGUGCUGCAGAUGAGCCACGGCGAGCCUGCGGUGUACCACGCCGUCGUGGCGUUGAGUGCGAUUCACCAGGCCUCAGAGGUGACGAUAGGCAGUAUGCUCGCGCGCCAGCGGCGUGGCCCUCCGGCUGAACAGCUUCACAGGGCGUCCGUCUGGCGGCGGUUUGGCAUCGAGCAGCUUGGCCGGUCGCUUGCGGCCCUGAACCAACGCUCCAUGUCGCAGGAUCCGCAGCUGCGCGAGGUGACGUUGCUGUGCUGUCUGCUGUUCAUCGUCGGGGAGCUGCUUCAGAACCAUCACGACGCUGCCAGCCAGCAUCUACUCAGUGGCGUGUCGAUAUUGUGUGAGCUCAGAAGACAAGAGUCUGGUCGGAAACCGACGGCUCUCUCCCCUGUUGAACCGGCUCUGUUCACCACCUUUCUCCGGCUGGAGAUGCAGUAUACACACAUGGGAAACAGCAUCCGACUGAUGUGUCUCGCCGACUCCCAGCCAGAGCAGAAGCACCUGUUCUCUCCGCCGGUCUUCCACACGCUCGAGGAAGCCCGCCAGGCCUUUGACCCGAUCAACAGCGCCGUCUUUCGCUUCCAGGCGUCCACAUGGACAAAGUCGCCGGCGGAGAUGGCAGCAGCGUACCCCGUGCUGCUGGCCAUGAAGCACGACCUGCUCUCCCGACUGGACUGGUUCUGGUGGUCCUUUGAAGCGUUCUACCACCAGAACCACCCUUUCCUUGGGCCCAAGGAGCAGCGCAGCAUCGACAUGCUCCAUCUGCAUUACACCGCCGCCGUCCUCUCCGUCAAGGUGACCAUGCACUUGCAUGACUGGGCGGUGCUUGACCCGCUCGAGGCCGAAUUGAAGCAUCUCCUCCUCCUCGCAGAAAGCAUGGUGGACAGGUUUCCUGACCGGCCCGCUCUAGUCAUGGACUUGGGGGUCAUGCCUCCGCUGUACAUCGUGGCCAUUGCCUGUUCCGAUCUCCGGGCGCGCUGGCGGGCGAUCGAGCUCCUCCGUGUCUGGCCGCACUGGGAGGGAUCGUGGAACUCCAUUCUCGUUUCUUCCAUUGCGGCAGAGCAUGUCAAGGCGUAUACGAUCGCUAGACCGGAUGUUUUCGCCGGGACUCAAUCGUCGGUCAUGCAGAUGCAGAUGCAGGAUGAACUGCGCCUCGUCGAUGCUCUGCAGUCUGUUCGGUCCAUGAGGAACUGGGUCUGCGUGCAGUCUUUCUCCAAAGUCUUAUGA